UUUUUCUUCCUCCUUUUUUCACAGUGGCUUGCAUCUGUCACCCUCCCGAGCUCCCCACUCGUCUCCACCUCCCCGCGAUCCCCUCCUCCACUCCCCCCCGCGCGCUCCCAUCAAGAGGAGAGAGAGUGAGAGGAGGUAGCUCUGCCACCGGAGCGGCUGCGGGGAGCGGCGGCAGUGCUCCUCCUUCCGGGGAGAUCGGGGUCGCUGGUUGGAUCCAAGAAACGGGGAGGGGGAUUUGCUGGCGGGGAGGAGCCGAGUAGGGAGAUGAGCCGGGGGCGGUCGCCGGAGCCGCUGGAUUUCUUCAUCUGGACAGUCGAGGAUGUUGGAUUAUGGCUUGAAGAGAUAAACCUUGGCAGCUACAGGCAAGUUUUUGAGGAAAACGGUGUCAAUGGAGAGUAUCUUGAAAGCCUGUCGAUGUUUACUACAGAACAGAUUCUGCGGUUUAUCAGGAGGUGCCAUAUGAAAUGGGGAGAUUUCAUUACAUUGUGCAAAGAGUUGAGGCGCAUCAAAGUGGCCUGCCUGAAAGGGGAGCAAGAAGUCCGCAGGCCAUGGUGGGCGCCGUCAUGCCUAUCGGUGGUGUUCGUGAGGGCGGCCAAGCGGAACCGGCAGUCCCGAGUCGUCUCCCUGAAGCUGGAGCCCUAGUACCCAUCCACCGCCUCAAAUCUUUGCGCAUUCGCCGUUCUACCCCGCCUUCCAGCUCCUCUUGGUGGAGGCGGCACUGCAACCGCACACCGUUGGUGUGCUAGUUCCCAGUGAUAUGAAAGGUCUUUUGCUGUGAAGAGCAGAAGUAUGCUGCUCUACUAUGUUCAACCGGUCCUCUUAUCCUUUUUUUUCUUGAUCUGUUUUAAUCAUGAUAUAUAGGGUUUGGAAUAGUAACCUUGGUGUAGACAAACAAGAUACAUAUAUUGUGCAGAUGGUUCCCCUUAAAAGUUUCUGCUGCUUGCAAGUCAGUCUGAGCUUGUUCUAGUAGGUAUUUUUAUCUUGUGAAAGAUUGAUCCCCCUAGAGAUCUUGAUCAAUCUGCAGAAAAUGCAGAUGUUUUAUUUGGUGUUGGUAAAAAAAAAAACACUACUACUUCCAACA